GUGUAGAGUGUCGCGUGCGCUCGGCACGCCACCGGUAACCAGUGGUGGCGGUGGCAUCGGCCACGACUUCGAACUCGGCCGAAAGCAGCGGCGCGAGCAGUCCGUCUAACGUGGUUGUACAGCUCGGUCGGCGUCUGUCACGACCUACUCGAUAUUCGAAGAUACGCUAUUUGUUUUAAUAGAGUACACAAUAUAAUACAUAUGAUUUAGGAUUUUAUAUAAUAUUUCGAUGCAUUAUCAUCAUCAUCUCCACCGCGCUUGUGUCGUAAAUAUACAUUAAUAUUGUACUGUGCGUGAUUCCUCAUCCAUCAAAAUUGGAAAAAAUUUGCCUUGUGUGAAACUACUGCAACAGUCUUCAUAUUACUGUCGGUCCGCGGAUGACGUGUUGUCGUCAAAGUCAUAGUCGGACAUCCGGACACUGCUUUACAAGGUAAACAUUUUCUUGAAUUUACUGUGGCGACAACGCGAAGUCGUGAUGGUCGCGUGACGACGGCGGUGACUCGCUGGUACUGCGGUUGGGUGGAGGGCGAAAUGUGCGCGGUGAGCCGAGCACCGGAGAACGUAUCCCGGACUAGCGUUGCUUUCGGCGUCGCGUCCCUGGCCAUACUGUUGACCGGUUUUGUGACUGGUUCGUGGGUUACCACCAGAGAACCAUAUAGGGUACCAGGCACGGAUAGUGCUUACACGGCCGCCGCGUUCCGGAUCGGCUUGUGGAAGAUUUGUCCAACCCUGAGGAAGACGAAUUCCACAAUGAAUUUUCGAUCGCUGUCAUGCAGAUAUAUACGGUAUACUAGUGACUGGGAUUUGGAUUUAGCCAAAGAAGAUAUCGGUGUUGAUUCGGACGUUUAUUUCACACAAUCGUUUGUUGCCAAAAUGAGAUGGUGCACUCCAUUAGUCAGCAUCAGCCUGUGCCUUAUGUUGGCUGGAUGUGUUUUUUCGUUUAGUGGACACUUCUACAAAGACCAGAAGACACUGAUCGCAUCGUCUUUACACACAUUAGCUGGACUUAUACUCGCUGCCGGCCUGUUCGUGUUUGCUUCCGUGCUCAACGACAGCUUCUCGCCAGUCAUUUACCAAUCGAUGGACGGUGGUGGCGACGGCGACGGGUUCGACAACGAACUGCAAUCCGACUACGAUUACCGGUACGGCUGGUCGUUCGUCGCGUGCAGCCUGGCGUUCCUGGCGUCCGAGGCGUCGGCCGUGUUCACCAUCACGGCUUACUUCCGGCGGCUGGAAGACCGAGUCCAGUACACGGCCGUCAACCGGAAACCGUCGCUGGACACUCCGCCCCUGGCAUGCGGUGGCGACCGGACGUCGUCGGCCUGUUCAGCAGACGGCCGGGCCAAUUCGCCCGACAGCGACGCCGGUGCCGCCGCAACCACGACCGCCGAGACGACGUCCCGGUCGGAACAGUCGUCGUCGUCGGCCGCCGCCGCGUCGGGACGUCAUCAGUCGGCACAGUGCGCAUCAUCGGGUGGCGGCGAUCAGGUGGCGUCGUCGUCAUCGUCGUCGUCGCCGGGCGGUGGAGCGGCGGAAUCGUGCAGCAACAGCGCCGCUACCAGCAAAACGCCACCCGACAUAUGUCCACCAAAGAUCGGCUGCGACGGGUCAGCGUCGGGCGCAUCCGGCGGAACCACCGGAUGCCGGAUACCGGCCGCCACCGCGACGUACUGCAGUGCCACGUUGAGCCACCCGCACAAGUCACAACAUCAGCACCACAAUCACCAGCAACAACACCAUCACCACCAACAGCACACGCAACACUACAGGCAAACGCUGGCCGUGGGCGGCAACGGGUCGUGUUACGAGGUGGACACCACCAAACCGUGCACUUGCACGUCGGCCGCUACGCUGACCACCAAACGGUACGCGACCAUCGCGGGUGUGGCCAGGCAUAAUGGCGGCAAACAGUACACGACGACGACGACGACCGCAUUGACAAACAACCAUAACAAUAACAACGGCAGCGGUGGCGGCAGACGGACCGCGGCCGGUCUGGCGGCCAUCAAAGAAUCUGUGGCCAGUCUGGCCGACCAUCACUCGCACAACAGUGGCCAUCACCAUCGGAAGCCCGACCCUCCCACCCGGCGGCUCAAGGCGUCCGUCGGCGGUUACGUCGUGCCGCAGACACCCAUCGCCGCCCUAGAAGCCCUAGACUGUCCACCGGCCGCCGACCCACGGCUAGUCGUGCCCAGUUCGGUAUGACGAAAGUGUCGCGUCGUCCUCGGACAGGACGAACACGCUGUUUGACGUAUCGACGCGACGGCCGACUGCUGUUCGUGCACUUACGCCGCCCUCACGACGAUACCGAAAUAUUACACAGCCACUGUUAUACAAUAAACGGUUAUAAGGGCACAUCUUAUCAGUGACGUGGUGAACGGUGUUUUAUGACACUUGGGCGUCAUAAUGGACGUUUUUUUUGGGAGGGGGGGCUGGGUUUAUUCGAUAAACCAAUAAGACAAAAAUUAAAAUAAUUACAGUCGCAUAAUAAUUAUAUGUAUUAUAUUUAAGGGGAUUAAGAGUGGGUAAGUACUGAAAUAAAUGUUGUGCACCGUGGUCCAUAAAGGUUCACCACGCCACUGCAUCUGACGCAUGUAAUAUUAUCAUAAACGCCUUUCCCUACCCUCCACAAAAGAGUUAAUUAUUAUAUAAAUCAUGUAUACGUUACCUACCUAUUUAUGUCAAUGUUACGGUAAAUUACAUUAAAUCGGAAUGUAAAACGUUAUUCGCUCACAAGAGUAGAAUCAUCGAGCGAUUUUAAUAAAUCGUGUUGAUAACAGUGUGAAAUGGCAAACAUUGAUAUAAAAGAGAGGCCUGAUUGUGCCUCAUUUUCAAAUAACCCUUGUGCGACCCAACUAUAAGUAUCCCAAUCGUGUCCAUAAUAAUGUAUCAACUUAUAAUUUAAAUGAGUACAAUAAAAAUACAAUUUUAUAAAAAUAUAAUGUUACCUACUUAUUUAAUUUUUUUUACACGCCAUUACACAAUUACCAUUACAUCACUUUUUUUCCUUACGUUAGUCAAUCUCAUAAUAAAUACAUACUCAAAUCAUAAUAGUAUAAUUAUAUUUUGCAUGAAAAAAAUUAAUAAUAAUAAAUAAAUGUUAAUGGUUAAGCCCGCUGAACAUUGUUUCGAAAUUUCUAAAAGUUAAAAUAUCGUAGAUGUAAAAUAUAAAAAAAUGAAUUAAAUUUCGCAUGAUAACUUUAUAUCCAUUUUUUUAUAAUAUUUGUGACAAAUAUUGAUAGCUCUUGUAAAUGCGUUGUAUUAUAUUUAUAUCAAAAUACAUAAGACGCAGUUAGGAUAUUUGUUUAGUUUUAAUAAAUUCUAGAAACAUUUCCUAUCUAUUUUGUAAUACCCAUAAUUAGGAUUUAAAAGAGGAAAAACGGUCACUUUACCGGAUACGAGAUAUUUAUUUAUUUAACGUCUUAUGGCAUUUUAUGAGGUGUACAAUGCAUAGCAAUAAGUAUUGGUAUGUGAUUAGAAAGACGGAAUAAUAAGAGGGAAAUCAAAAGUACGCAAUCUUAAAGACAGAUUAAAUUAAAUUAUACUUUUAGGUAAAUUAAUGAGAUAGCCGAAAUAAUAUAAAUUAUUGAGUUGAUGAACCAUUCUAUGUACAAAAAAAUUACUGUGACUAUACUAGGAAGGGUACGAUGAAACGUAAAAUAAUCAGUGUAUCCUUAUGGGAUAAACAAAGACACGAGAUAUGAGAUUAAUGCGAUGAGGUCAGGAAUGUCAGUUUCGUCACUAAGAAGAAAAAAAGAAAAAAAGUAUUAACAUUAACACGUGAUUUGUGAUAAAUUAUGAUUAAUGAUUAUAUACUAUUUUUAACAAUUUUCUAAAAAUAAAUCCACCGAUUAUUUCAGACGUCUAACAAGCAAUGUUGUAAGGUGGCUGCUAAAUUUAAUUUAAAAAAUAUAAAAUUGUUGAUAAACAUAAAUGAUAACUUUAUCGGGAACUACUGAUCAAGAACCUGACGUAUGGCGGUGACCAUACACAGAAGGAUGAUACGGUCAAAAAUAAUAUUAUGACAAAAAGCGAUAUAAUAAGUAUAAUAUACUUUAUUCAUUUUCCGUCGUAUGUAUCUUUAAUAUAAUGUAUACAAGCAUUAGAAUAUAGUGCAACUAUCCAAUCAAAUAUUUUACUAAAGGAAAAAUAUAAUUUUUUGCAUAACAAAUUUUUAAUUUUAUCACAUUAUGCAACCCACCCCCUCCUCCCGAAAAAUAAU